AGAUAGAUAGAUAGAUAGAUAGAUGGUAAGGUUCCCAGCUGGUUAAUACUCUACCACAAUAUAAAACUUACAGACAUUUCAAACCCACUUAAUCUAAUGGAGGGCAGCCAGACACUAUCUGGCAACACCGGAUGCAAGGCUGGAAUCAACACUGGGCAGGCCAAUUCAAAGACAAUAAUGAGUACAGCACACAUAUCUUUGAAUCUGUGGAAGGAAAAUUGAAGUAUCCAUCUGAAAUCUGCCUGCACACGGGGAGAACAUGAAGGGUCCAGACAGAAACCACAGGUCACGGGACAUUGAGUCCUUGGGGUGCAGGCAGAAUUUGCCAUCGUGGCGUCAGACUUGGUCUGUAUAAAGGAGAGAGAGAGAGAGAGAGAGAGAGAGAGAGAGAGAGAGAGAGAGAGAGAGAGAGAGAAACAAAAUACCUACAUAAUAAAUAAAUCAUGUCUGUCGAAAAAAGAAAAGCAUAGACACUGAAAUAAUGAUAUUGACAAUACGGGCGGGAUUGAACACAUUUGCUGUGAAAUAUAUUGAAUUUACCUAUCAGAUAAAGUAGUGGAAUGUAGAAUAAAGAACGUAUCAUUUAAAUUGUUUUCAGUUUUCAUGGUAGGGCUCGAUUUUAAAAGUUUCAUUUGUUUUUAGUAUUUCCACGGUAAUAGCAGUACAUGCGUUCUGUCUCAGAAUUAAAUUGUUAUUGAAGUGUUGUGUUCGGGCAAUUUUGGUCUUUGGGAACAAUGAGUGCAUGAAUGUGCUGUCAGCACGGGUCAAAGUCAUGGGUCAGACGUUUUGAAAGUCAGUAGUUGUGCCGAAUACAGCUGAGUAGUUCAACCUGAAGACCUGCCUUCCGAGAUGUCAUAAACAAGCGCGCAGCCUUUCCAUUUCAAAGGGAGACGCGACAGAGAAGCGGCUCAGAGGAGCGCAAGACACCGCGCAGGUUUCUCGGUAGACUCGACGAAGCUCGGCAGUAAAAAGAUUGGGAUCCCUUCUGUUCAUGGCACAAUGGCAAAGUCAGUGCAGGAUCAGUUUGACGAGUCCGACUGUGUCUGCUCGUUCGGGAUGAAGCUCACCUGGGACAUUAAUGACCCCAAACUACCACAGGACGUGAAGCAGUUCGACGGCUUCCAGGAGUGGACCGACGGCUACGUACGCUACAUCUACAGCGGCGACGAUAAAAAUGCCCAGAGACACCUGAGCGGAUGGGCCAUGAGAAACACGAAUAACCAUAACUGCCAGAUCCUGAAGAAGUCCUGCCUGGGGGUCGUAGUGUGUGGGAGGAACUGCACCCUACCUGACGGCAGUAAACUUCAACUGAGACCGGCCAUCUGCGACAAGGCGCGACAGAAACAGCAAAAAAAACUCUGUCCCAGUUGCAAUUCAUCUUUGGAACUUGUGCCUUGCCGAGGACACAGCGGAUAUCCCGUUACAAAUUUCUGGAGACUGGAUAGCAAAGCAAUAUUUUUCCAGGCUAAAGGUGUUCAUGACCAUCCGAGACCAGAAAGUAAAUCUGAGACAGAGGCAAGAAGAAGUGCAGUAAAAAGAAGAAUGUCAUCCCCUCACUUCCCCCAGAAGAAAAGAGCAAUGGAGACUGAGGCCGCUAGAUACCACGACAGCUUCACCAAUAUUCAUCACUUAUCCUGUCUGGAGGGACCCGACAGAUUCCGUAUCAUUGCAGAAACCAACUUCCCAAUCCAACCUCAGCACUACCCUUCCUUCCAGAACACUGAGCCCUAUAAGCUCCCGUAUGACUCUUCUUCGAGUGGUGCAGACGCACCUUCUCAGCUCCAGAAGGCUCCGAGCCACCGCCUCUACAUGGCCCAGACACCCUGCGGCUAUGAAUUUACGGUCCCCGGCUACAUCGGCUCCAGUCCUUACCAGGGUCUCUAUAAGGACUCCACUAAUCAGCAAACUGAAGCAGAUCCUGGAAAAGUGUGUGUGCAGCUCAAUGGACCCCAACACAGUGUUAGCCCUCUGAAUGUCCAUGAACGAAAUUAUGAUGUUCCAAAUAAACAUCAUAGCUGGAAGCAACUAUUUGGAAAAGGAUCUUACAGUGAAAGAGGAGACUAUGGACAGAUCUCAGGAAAUGGUAAUCACCACUACUAUGAUGGAGAAUAUCCCUGUAGAUAUAAUGGCCCGAAUACAGCGCCCACUCCAGCUUUACAAACCAUAAUCACGACAACCACUAAGGUCUCUUAUCAGCCUUGCAAACCUUCCGUGGUGAAGUACAAUGACAACCCCUAUGACGUCAAAGGUGUUCAGAAUUGUAACUCUCUGAUUGAAAAUGGCUCUGGUAAUGUGUAUCAAGAUAUUAAAAUCCCCGAAGACACCGGGGUGAUAAAAUCGGCACUGAACUAUCAGCAAGAAUCUCUGCCGGCGAAGUCCGAACGAGGAGAGAGUCUAGAUAGUUACAGAUACGGGACUUUCACUUCCGGCGCCUACCCCGAGCGCUUAUCGCAGUCAUUUAGAUACGACAAUGGGGAAUAUUAAAUGAAGGAAGAAGGGACUGGUGGGGAAAAAAAAAUUAAACACACUGUAAAUUAUAAGGGAAUGGCGGGACUUCAUCAAAGUCAUCUGAGAGACGGGAUCUCUUUUUUUGAUUACCUGCUAUAAAGACGAGCAGCAUCGCUAUAGCCGGAGAAGAAGUGUAAAAAGUUAUUAUUUAUGUGCCAUGCAAAUCGCGCUCCUUUUUAAACAAGGCAAACAUGUCAGUGUAAAGAAUUAUUAAUGUGUAAAACAUGUUCAUUACUGUAGAAUGUAGUAGAGAAAUAAAUAUGAUAUCCCAUUUUAGCAA